AUGGAGACGAAGCAUCCAAGCCUUAUCGAGGCAAGAAGGUAUGAGGAACGCAAGCUCCCCUCCAUCAGAGAUAUAUAUACCGGAUCUGACCAGACAUAUGCGGUUCAGAAGAUGAUGGUGAAAAGGAGGGAAAUAAGCAUCCCAAAGAUCGAGUACAAGAGAUGUGGAAUGUUACCUGUCAUGAAUGCACUGUGGUUUUCGAAUGGCAAGAAUCUUGUGAUCUGGAGGUACGAGAGUAACGAGGAGGAGGAGAUAGGAACAUUUUCGUCUGAGGUAUUGGAAGUGAUAGUGUUUGUCCCUAAGGCAGGGAUUUUCAACGAGAGGAUAUCUCACUGCCUAUUUAUUGCAACUGAGAAGCAGGUGAUGAUCUAUGGGAUUGAGAAGGACACCUUUUGUUUGGUUAACACAGACUUUGUGACAUCUUCGCCAAGUUGCGUGAGAUGUGCGGAGGCCUCGAAUGGGGAUGUAUUUAUAGGAUGCGAGAAUGGAAGGGUGUACCAGGUUGUAUACAAGAGUGUUGACUCGUGGUCAUUCAAGAUUAUGCACGUUUAUGAUCCAAGCUCGUCGAUUCUGUCGAGCCUGGUUCCGUCUGUUCUGAAACGGAAGAAGUCGAUGGUUAAAGCCUUGAGCUCGGGAAGAAGAUUUAUGGUUUGCCUUGAUAGAAAUGCCACGAUAUACAACAUCGAGGGUGGGAUGUACAAGGUGAAGGAAGUUGUUCUGUGUAGAGAAUAUGUUGAUGUACAGGUGGUUGAUGAGAAGGAAGAUUCUGUGUUUUUCUACCUAAUUCAGAGAGAUGGCUCGAGGGACUUCUACGAGGACUCCAGGCUUGUAAUGACAAAGAGAUCGCCAAACAUUGGGGACAUGACGGAGAUCAAGGAGAUGAAGGUGCAUACAUCGAAUAGAAGGCUGUGCAUGGCACGGAAUGGCCGGUAUGAUGGAAGUAUUGUGACGGUGGUAUCGUUGAACGAAGACCAGGUCUGCAACUUCGACAAGCUGAAGAGUUCUGAAAGCUAUGAGGUGAUUGUUAUGAAAAGCGACAUAGAGCUGAUUGGAAUUGACGGCAGGACCAUUUUCCUCUUAGGGAAUAGGAGGAUCUUUAUAUACGAGAUCCAGACCAUCGAAAAGUUCCUUUUGAACUGCAGGUCUGAGGAGAUUUUCAGUAUGUACAAGAGCUAUGGAGAAAGAGAAAUGCUGGUAAUAUACUACGAGCUUCUUGCAAGCAAUGAGGAUGUGGGGAGAUUGGAGUAUCUUUGCUUGAAGAACGAUGAUUCUCAGGCUUCUGCGUUAUUUCUGUACCUAUACAGAUUGAUAAAGCCCGUCCUAGGGAUUCCAUUUGAGGAUAUUCUGAAUGGAGAGAAGAACAUAUAUCUUGAGAGGAUCCAGAGCAAGAUGAAGAACAUGAGGGGAAAGGUCAAGGCCAGGCAUCUGAAGGAGGGAUAUGACUUUAUAGAUGAGUUUCUGCAGACGUGCUUCUACAUGAACGUGCUAUAUGAAUAUUCUGUCAAUCUGGAGGGAAGAUCGUUAGAAUAUGUUCUUCUUGAGGACAGUGAGGAGUUCAAAAAGAGGACUCUUAAGUCGAUUCUGGAGAUGUUCAAGGUGAACCAGAGUGUUGAGCCUCUUAUAAAGACGCUUAGUGCCCGAUGUCCUUUGUUUCUCCCCAUGGAGGAGGUUUACUACCAGAGAGGACUCGAGAUGUUGAACAAAAGGCCUUCGAGGGAGGUGCUGUUUGAGUCCUUGAACAACCUUAAGAAUGUCCAGUAUAAUGAGAGUCUCAUUGCAAAGUACAACGAGUUUGGAUUCUACUAUGGAAGUACAACACUUAUCAGAGAGAACUUUAACUUCGACUUUGAGUACGGCGUUGAGAUUCUGAAGAAGAGUAUCAGGUGUGCUGGUGCAUUAGGUCUUGCGCUGGAGGAUCCAAGAGAGGAUUUCUUGUAUGCAUUGUUUGAGGCCCUGCUUGAUAUUCUGAAGGAGAAUGAGUUUGGAAAGGAGUGCAGUUGCUGCGACAAGCCAGGUGCCAUGGUUCUGAAUGACAUAGUCAAGAUAUCUGUGCCAUUUCUUGAAAAGUUCCUGAAGGAAAAGGCUAUGUCAUCGAGUGACCCUAGGAUAUUUGAACUUCACUGGAAGUACUGUGUCUACAGAAACGAUAAGAUUAAAGGAACACAGUCCCUGUUGGAGUUGGCUGACAACAAGCCUGUUCCUUUGGAAACAAAGAUCGAUCUUCUGAGAACAGCAUUGAGUGUGUCGGUCAACACAUCACUCUUCAACGAGGUGAAGCUUCGGCUAGAACUUGCAGAAAUACAAGUCGAUGUUUUGAAAAGAGGCAGGAUUGACCCCACGAUAAGCAACAACCUCUUGUCUGCAGACGAGCUAUUUAACGACUAUGCAUACAAGUAUCCCGAGCUAGCUCUUAAGAUUAUUGGGAUAUCCAGCUACACAGACAAGGCCGUUAUAAGGGAGCUAUGGGAAGAGGGGAUGAGCGGAGACUUUGAUUCAGCAGUAGAAUUUCUAGGAACUGUUAAGGCUUCUGGGCCUGCGAUGGACUGUAACAUAGUUGGGGACAUUCUGUGCUCCAAAAUGACCAAGGGAAAGAAGCUUGGAAAGGCAUUAGCAAGCGCUGGGUUUAGCUACCUUGAAGUUAUAGGUUUCCUGGAGGAGAAGAUCAAGGGAGAAGACAAUAACCAUCCUGAGAUAAAGAAGAUGCUUCUGAGCGAUCUCAAGGAGUUUUCCAAUAGCAAUGAGUUCUACCUUAAGGUUGAGGAGUACUGCCGAAAGAAGUAUGGAAUCUAG